AUGCAGUCUGCUAAUAUACUUCUGAAAAAAAUUAUAAGAGGUUCUGUCCUCCCACUUGCCGCGCAACAUGGGAUGAAAAAAGAUUUGUUUCCACUCAGUAGAACUCUGAGUUUAUCACUUUGUCUGAAGCAGGAUAACUCAUUCAAACCCUCGGAAAAACUAGAUUUAGAUGCAUGGAAGAAGGUAAUGAAGUCUGGGUUGCAAGAAGAGGCCAGUGAGGCGGUCCCUGAGCAUAAGGAGCAUUCCUCUUUUGCUGCUGCACGUGAACUUUUGGAGAUGUGGAGACUAGCUGGCAGAUUGGUUCCAGAAAACAUCAGUGAAGAACAGCUAAAAACCUUUAUGGAAUGUCCUUCCAAGUCAGCCCAAAAGAAGUAUUUGAAAUUUUUGCAUAUUAAAGAAUUGCACAAAAAAAACAAUAGAAGAAAGGUGGAUGAGAAAAGGGAAAGGAGGCUGGAAGUGCAAGAGCAGGCUUCAGAAACAGGUGAGACCAACAGGAGUCCAUUCAUGCGUUUGUGGUCCAGCACUAUGGAUAGAGCAUACAAUUGGAGGGCUGCGCAGUCCAUGAUCUUUGGCCAACCUCUAGUGUUUGACAUGUCCUAUGAAAAAGACAUGUCUGUCCGAGAACUUGCAAAUGCAGUGAGACAGAUAGUACUGAGUGAAGGCAGCAAUCGGAGAUCUGCGGAUCCGUUCCACAUCCACUUCUGUAACUUGAAGGACGACAGCCUCUAUCAGAAGGAAUUCAUUAAGCAUUACAGAGAGGCAUGGGGCAAACUGCUUAUCACUGUAACAGACCAGUGCUACACAGAAGUCUUUCCAAAGGAUAAGCUCAUCUAUCUGACAGCUGAUUCUCCUAAGGUAAUGAAAACAUUUGAGCAUGAUAAGGUCUAUAUUGUUGGGUCAAUGGUUGACAAGAGCAUAAAAACAGGAGUCUCCUUAGCACACGCAAAGCGACUGGGAUUGGAGACUGCAGCACUUCCACUGGAGAAGUACUUGCUUUGGAACUCUGGUGCCAAAAACCUCACACUGGAUCAAAUGAUGCAUAUUUUAUUAACCUUGAAAGAUACUGCCGACUGGAAGAAGGCUCUGGAAUUUGUUCCAAAAAGGAAGUAUUGUGGCUUUGUAAACAAACCUGUGAAUGAACUGAAAAAGACCUUAGACCUGAUCAACACACUUAAACUUGGGAAGAGACAGGGAGAAUUACGAAAGCAAUUUGCCAAGAGCUACUCUAAGAAGUAUAAACUGAAGCAAAAUUAG